AUGUCUGAGCGUAAUUCACUUUCAAAGAACAGUUCUGCAAACGAGUAUGGAACUAUUCUGAAGGAAUGCGAAGAGACUACUUAUUCCAACGAGUUCCGAGAAAUAAGUCGGAAUGCGUUGCCAUUAGUGUUCACGUUCGUGCUUCAGUUUUCUCUUUCGUCGAUGACCGUUUUCGUGGUUGGUAGAAUAGGUGCAUUAGAGUUAGGUGGUGUUUCUCUCGCAAAUGUGACCUUUAGCGCGACGUCCGCGGUGUUUGUUGGAAUGGCCACCUGCUUGGACACUUUAUGCCCUCAGGCAUUUGGGGGAAAACAAUAUAAGCUCGUUGGACUAUACUUCCAAAGAGGUGUCGCUAUUAGUAGUAUAUUUGCCAUACCGAUAGCAUUUUUAUGGUGGUUUUCAAAACCAGUGUUGGCAGCUAUGGUUGAUGACCCAAAGUUGAUCGUUAUUGCAUCGAGAUAUUUAAGAGUGAUGGUAGCAAGUAUUCCUGGAUAUAUUGUAUUCGAGUGUGGAAAGAAAUAUCUGCAAGCACAGAAUGAUUUUACAACCGCUCAAUACAUUCUUUUUGUAUUUGCACCACUCAACAUGCUAUUCAAUUAUUUACUAGUUUUCAGACUGGGUUUAGGAUACAUUGGCGCACCUAUUGCUACAGCCACUACUUAUUCGCUGAUGGGGCUUUCGCUGGCUCUACAUAUAUUCCGCAAAAACAGGGCUCCCAGAACAAUUAACUGUUGGAAUGAGGUCAGUAACUGGAGAGAGAUUUUUAAAAAUUGGAAUUCGAUGAUUUCCCUUGCAGUCCCUGGAAUUAUAAUGAUCGAAGCGGAGUUUCUUGCUUUUGAACUAUUGACAAUUCUAUCUGCCAAAUUUGGCACCGAGACACUUGCUGCACAAUCUGUAACUGCUUCAAUUCAGUCACUUACCUUUCAGGUCCCAUUUUCUGUCGGUGUAGCGGCAUCCAAUAGAAUCGCCUAUCACAUUGGUACGGGCCGCAUACAAAACUGUGAAAUUGCAACAAAAACUACUUUGGCAUAUCUGGGAUCGAUAAUCGGUCUAGGAAAUUUCCUGUUUCUGGUACUGGGAAGGCACAAGAUUAGUGCUCUAUUCAGUAAUGACCCAGGCGUCGUUUCACUUGCAUCUCAGUUACUUCCAUUCAUUGGUAUCAAUCAGUUGUAUGAUGUUUUUAAUGUUCUGGCGGCAGGUUGUCUUAGAGCGCAGGGACGUCAAAGAAUUGGUGGCUAUCUAAAUAUUGUCGCUUAUUAUGCCUUUGGCUUGCCUUUGGCGAUGGUCAUGGGCUUUAAAUGGCAUAUGGAAGUCAAAGGAUUUUGGAUUGGACUGGGUGUAGGCAUCUUGAUUUUGGCAAUUAGUGAACUUUAUUGCCUUUACAGGUCAAAUUGGGAUAGCAUCAUCAGACAGUCCCAGAAAUUGCAUCAACACGCUUGA